AAUUUACAACUCACAACCUCGUUUCGGUUUCUAUGUUAACACACAGAACAGAGAAACAAAACAAACAUCCCUUAACUGCACGUUUGAUGACGGAAAUCGUUACAGCCUCCGUCAUAACGUCGUCUCUGAUUCCUCCGUCACAAACCCUAACCCUAACCCUAACUAACCCUAAGUCCCUAAUCCCUCUUUCUCUUGGUGGUCACCGAAGCUACCCUCUCCUCGACUAUCCCUCCCACGCGCAGCCGCACCUCCACGCUCCCACGCGCCACCACUUCCUUUCCUCCUCCUCCUCCAGUCCCACCACUCUCCCCGCCGCCGACAUCGCCACCGCCGACUACUACCCACACGCCUCCUCCUUCUCCGACGACUCCGCCAAAUCCAACUCCAAACGCGCCUCCGCCGCCGGCAGCCCCUACUACAACAAGAAGCUCAAAUCCACCACCGAUUCGGUUCCAGCGACCGAUUACUCGAAGGACCGCGAAGAAUGGAGCGACACGGCGAUCGCGUGUCUGUUGGAGGCGUACACGGAGAAGUUCAACUUGCUGUACCGCGGCAACCUCCGCAGCCGCGACUGGGAGGAGGUGGCGGAGGCGGUGGGGGGACGGUGCGGCGGAGAGGGGAAGCAUCAGAAGAGCGUGGAGCAGUGUAAGAAUAAGAUUGAUAAUUUGAAGAAGAGGUAUAAGGUGGAGCUUCAGAAAAUUGGGAGUGGUGGCAUUGUCUGUGAAAACUGUUUCUGAUGAUGACAAGGCUGGCAGUAGUGGUGCUGCU